CGGCUUGAUUCUUGGGGUAGAAAGCAGAUCUCUUCUGAACGCUAAAUUCUCCCUGUCGGCUUCUUCCUUGCCUCCUCUUCUCUCCAUCUCCUUCGUUGCACCCCUCCCCAUUGACUCCCUUAUCCGCUCAGGCAAGCUAGUUUUCGACUCUCCUCCCCUCUCCCCCCCCCCUUACACCACAAUGGCUGCUACAACCUCCGCCCCAGCUACGGUCUUUCCCCGGAGCCACGUCGGUUUCGACAGCAUCACCUCCCAGAUUGAGCGGAAGCUCCUGAAGCGUGGUUUCCAGUUCAAUGUUAUGUGUGUCGGCCAAACUGGUCUAGGAAAAUCGACUCUCGUGAACACCAUCUUCGCCUCUCACCUGAUUGAUUCCAAGGGCCGUCUUGCCCCUAACGAACCCGUGCGCUCGACCACCGAGAUCCAGACCGUUUCCCACAUCAUUGAGGAAAAUGGUGUCCGUCUCAGGCUAAAUAUCGUUGAUACCCCCGGAUACGGCGACCAGGUGAACAAUGACAGAUGCUGGGAUCCCAUUGUGAAAUAUAUCAAGGACCAGCACUCCGCAUACCUUCGCAAGGAGCUUACUGCUCAGCGUGACCGUUACAUCCAAGAUACCCGUAUUCAUUGCUGCCUUUUCUUUAUUCAGCCAUCUGGCCAUGCCCUGAAACCCAUCGAUAUUGUUGUUCUAAAGAAGCUUUCCGACGUCGUCAACGUCGUUCCCGUCAUCGCCAAGGCCGAUUCCCUUACUCUCGAAGAACGCCAGGCGUUCAAGGAGCGCAUCAAGGAGGAGUUCGCUUUCCACAACCUCAAGAUGUACCCCUACGACAACGAUGAGCUUGAUGAUGAGGAGCGUGCUGUCAAUGCCCGCAUCAAGGAUAUCAUUCCUUUUGCCGUCGUGGGAAGUGAGAGAACUAUCGUCGUGAACGGCCAGCCCGUCCGCGGCCGUCAGAACCGCUGGGGUGUUAUCAACGUAGAAGAUGAGAGCCACUGCGAAUUCGUCUCCCUGAGGAACUUCCUCACCCGCACCCACCUCCAGGACCUCAUCGAAACAACGAGCCAGAUUCACUACGAGACUUUCCGUGCCAAGCAGCUUCUUGCGUUGAAGGAGAGCAGCGCUGCAGGUGGUCACCCCGGUGGCACUCGGCCAAUCAGUCCCUCGGCUGACAGAGAGCUGAGCCGUAACUCUCAGCGUAUGACCAUGAACGGCUAUUAAUUGAGCGAUGCGGCCAAUGGGAAUGAAAAUCGUUUUUCGCUAGGAGCAAGCUUUUUGGUGCUGGCGGAUGUCGACAGGCAAUAAAAUCGGGAGGCAGCCUCAAAGAUCUACUUCUCCCUCUUUCUCUCUCACUCUCUUCUUUUUUUUUUUUUUUUUCUCCCCUU